CUCGCCCGGGGUUUUAGUGCGGAGGGCGCCUUCGAGGCUGUUGUGGUGAGAAAACGCGAGGCUUUUUGGUGACUCCGGUCCAGCACGGGCCGUCUGUGGAGACGUCCGGUCCCGGCAGUGGCCCCUGAGGCCUGCUGUCCCUAUCACUGCCCGUCAGCCAGCAGGCCUGGCCGCUCUUCCGCACGGUGACCACGGCCUCAGGGCCAUGUCCCGGCCGAGCAGCGUCUCCCCGCGGCCGCCGGCUCCUGGCGGCGGCGGCGGGGGCGGCCCCGCUCAGUGUGGCCCUCGGGGCGGUGGUCGGGCUAAGGGGCUGAAGGACAUUCGUAUAGACGAGGAGGUGAAGAUCGCAGUCAAUAUCGCUUUGGAGCGCUUCCGAUAUGGGGACCAGAGAGAAAUGGAAUUUCCUUCUUCUUUGACCAGUACUGAAAGAGCCUUUAUUCAUCGAUUGAGUCAGUCUCUUGGUUUGGUCUCUAAAAGUAAAGGAAAGGGAGCAAAUAGAUACCUAACUGUGAAGAAGAAAGAUGGAUCAGAAACAGCUCAUGCAAUGAUGACCUGUAAUUUGACUCAUAAUACAAAACAUGCUGUUAGGAGCCUAAUUCAGAGAUUUCCUGUCACCAAUAAAGAGCGUACUGAACUUCUGCCUAAAACAGAAAGAGGAAAUGUGUUUGCAGUUGAAGCUGAAAAUCGGGAAAUGAGCAAGACAAGUGGUCGACUCAACAAUGGCAUACCUCAGAUUCCAGUGAAACGAGGAGAAUCCGAAUUUGAUUCUUUCAGGCAGUCUCUGCCAGUGUUUGAGAAACAAGAAGAAAUUGUUAAAAUAAUUAAGGAAAAUAAAGUAGUUUUGAUUGUAGGAGAAACUGGGUCUGGAAAGACUACACAGAUUCCUCAGUUCCUUUUAGAUGAUUGCUUUAAAAAUGGUAUUCCCUGCCGUAUAUUUUGUACUCAACCAAGACGAUUAGCAGCUAUUGCUGUGGCUGAAAGAGUUGCUGCAGAGAGAAGAGAAAGGAUUGGUCAAACAAUUGGGUAUCAGAUACGAUUAGAAAGCAGGGUUUCUCCAAAGACACUUCUGACAUUUUGCACUAAUGGGGUAUUGCUUCGUACAUUGAUGGCAGGAGAUAGUACAUUGUCAACUGUGACACAUGUUAUUGUGGAUGAAGUACAUGAAAGGGAUCGAUUUAGUGAUUUUUUACUUACAAAGUUAAGAGAUUUGUUGCAGAAGCACCCAACUUUGAAACUAAUUCUUUCUAGUGCUGCCUUGGAUGUAAAUCUCUUUAUACGAUAUUUUGGAACUUGUCCAGUGAUACAUAUACAGGGAAGACCAUUUGAAGUAAAAGAAAUGUUUCUAGAAGACAUUUUAAGAACCACUGGAUACACAAACAAAGAAAUGUUAAAAUACAAAAAGGAAAAACAGCGAGAGGAGAAACAACAAACCACACUUACAGAAUGGUAUUCAGCUCAAGAGAAUACUUUCAAGCCUGAAUCUCAGAGGCAGAGAACUGUUCCAAAUGUGACUGAAGAGUAUGAUUUAUUGGAUGAUGGCGGUGAUGCUGUCUUUAGUCAGUUGACAGAAAAAGAUGUGAAUUGCCUUGAACCAUGGUUAAUAAAGGAAAUGGAUGCUUGUCUUUCUGACAUAUGGCUACAUAAAGAUGUUGAUGCCUUUGCUCAGGUUUUUCACCUUAUUCUAACUGAAAAUGUUAGUGUCGACUAUAGACAUAGUGAAACCAGUGCAACAGCUUUGAUGGUUGCUGCAGGACGAGGUUUUUCAAGUCAAGUAGAGCAGCUAAUUAGUAUGGGAGCCGAUGUCCAUAGCAAAGCAUCCAAUGGCUGGAUGGCUUUAGAUUGGGCUAAGCACUUUGGGCAGACUGAAAUUGUGGAUCUUUUAGAGUCUUACAGUGCUUCAUUGGAAUUUGGAAAUCUAGAUGAAAGUUCUCUGGUUCAUACAAAUGGAAGUGACCUCAGUGCAGAAGACAGAGAGCUCCUGAAAGCUUAUCAUCACAGUUUUGAUGAUGAAAAAGUAGACUUGGAUUUGAUCAUGCAUCUUCUAUACAAUAUCUGCCAUAGUUGUGAUGCUGGUGCAAUAUUAAUUUUCUUACCUGGAUAUGAUGAAAUUGUUGGACUGAGGGAUCGCAUCCUUUUUGAUGACAAGCGAUUUGCUGACAGUACGCAUAGAUAUCAAGUCUUUAUGCUUCAUUCAAAUAUGCAAACAUCUGAUCAAAAGAAAGUAUUAAAAAACCCACCUGCAGGUGUUCGAAAAAUAAUCCUUUCCACCAAUAUUGCUGAAACCAGUAUCACAGUCAAUGAUGUUGUCUUUGUUAUUGAUUCUGGUAAGGUGAAAGAGAAAUCCUUUGAUGCACUGAAUUUUGUUACAAUGUUAAAAAUGGUGUGGAUUUCCAAAGCUAGUGCCAUACAGCGAAAAGGCAGGGCAGGGCGAUGUAGACCUGGAAUUUGUUUCCGUCUGUUCAGUAGACUCCGAUUCCAGAAUAUGUUGGAAUUUCAGACCCCAGAACUUUUGAGAAUGCCAUUACAGGAACUUUGUUUACAUACCAAGCUGUUAGCCCCAGUUAAUUGUUCUAUUGCUGAUUUCCUUAUGAAAGCUCCUGAACCUCCACCAGCUUUAAUUGUAAGAAAUGCUGUACAAAUGCUUAAGACAAUAGAUGCAAUGGAUGCAUGGGAAGAUCUCACUGAACUGGGAUAUCAUUUGGCUGACUUGCCAGUAGAACCACAUCUUGGUAAAAUGGUCCUAUGUGCUGUUGUUUUAAAGUGCUUGGACCCCAUUCUUACAAUUGCCUGCACACUAGCCUAUCGGGAUCCGUUUGUCCUGCCAACCCAGGCCUCUCAAAAACGUGCAGCUAUGCUUUGUAGGAAACGUUUCACUGCAGGAACUUUCAGUGAUCAUAUGGCACUUCUCAGAGCAUUCCAGGCAUGGCAGAAAGCACGAAGUGAUGGAUGGGAGCGAGCCUUUUGUGAAAAGAAUUUUCUUUCACAAGCUACCAUGGAAAUAAUCAUAGGCAUGAGAACUCAGCUGCUUGGUCAACUUAGAGCAUCAGGUUUUGUUAGAGCACGAGGUGGUGGCGACAUUCGAGAUGUUAACACAAAUUCCGAGAAUUGGGCUGUCGUUAAAGCUGCAUUGGUGGCAGGCAUGUAUCCUAAUUUAGUCCAUGUGGACAGAGAGAAUGUAGUAUUGACAGGACCAAAGGAGAAAAAAGUACGGUUCCAUCCCACUUCAGUUCUCAGUCAGCCUCAAUAUAAAAAGAUUCCUCCAGCCAAUGGUCAGGCUGCAGCAAUUCAGGCAUUGCCCACAGAUUGGCUUAUUUAUGAUGAAAUGACCAGAGCCCAUAGAAUAGCUAACAUCAGAUGUUGUUCGGCAGUGACACCUGUCACUGUACUGGUGUUCUGUGGACCAGCUAGGUUGGCAAGUAAUGCUCUUCAGGAACCUUCAUCCUUUCGAGUGGAUGGCAUUCCUAAUGACAGUAGUGAUAGUGAAAUGGAAGAUAGAACUACUGCUAGUUUGGCAACUUUGAAACUUGAUGAGUGGCUCAAUUUCAAACUAGAGCCUGAGGCAGCCAGUUUAUUGCUGCAGCUCAGACAGAAGUGGCACAGCUUAUUUUUGCGCCGCAUGAGGGCUCCAUCUAAACCUUGGUCUCAGGUUGAUGAAGCUACCAUUAGAGCAAUUAUAGCUGUUUUAAGCACUGAAGAACAGUCUGCAGGUUUACAGCAACCAUCUGGGAUUGGCCAAAGGCCAAGGCCUAUGUCUUCAGAAGAACUUCCUUUGGCAUCAUCUUGGAGGUCAAAUAAUAGUAGGAGGAGUUCAGCAGAUACUGAAUUUUCUGAAGAACCCACUACUGCAGAAAGAGUAUUGAUGAAAUCUCCAUCUUCAGCACUACACCCACCUCAGAAGUACAAAGAUAGAGGAAUUUUACAUCCUAAACGAAGCACUGAAGACCGAUCAGAUCAAUCUUCUGUGAAAUCUACAGACAGCAGUAGUUACCCAAGUCCUUGUGCUAGUCCUUCUCCUCCAUCCUCAGGAAAGGGCUCAAAAUCUCCUUCACCAAGACCAAACAUGCCAAUUCGAUACUUCAUAAUGAAGAGUAGCAAUUUGAGAAACCUUGAAAUUUCUCAACAGAAGGGUAUCUGGUCUACAACCCCUAGUAAUGAGAGGAAGCUAAAUCGAGCUUUUUGGGAAAGCAGCAUGGUUUACUUGGUAUUUUCUGUUCAAGGAUCUGGACAUUUCCAGGGAUUUGCUAGGAUGUCCUCUGAGAUAGGAAAGGAGAAGAGCCAGGACUGGGGCUCCGCUGGACUCGGAGGAGUAUUUAAAGUGGAGUGGAUACGAAAAGAAAGUCUUCCCUUUCAAUUUGCACACCAUUUACUCAAUCCUUGGAAUGAUAACAAGAAAGUCCAGAUAAGCAGAGAUGGGCAGGAACUAGAACCUCAGGUUGGAGAACAGUUGCUCCAGUUAUGGGAACGCCUUCCAUUGGGAGAAAAAACCACAACUGAUUGACUGACACUCAGGUUAUAUCAUACUUUGACUUUGAGUACUGGCACUAUUUGUGAUCAUUAAGAAUAUCUUUCAGGCUAUUUCUCUUUUUUUUUUUUUCUUUUUUUAAAAAUACCUUCCUGGAACUCUUAGCUAUAGAAAAACAUCAUGCCUUUUUAUAACCACUGAAUGCACUGACUUCUAAAAACUUAGAUGGGGUGUGUUAUGAAUGGGCUUUUCUGGUUUAGAGUGUUGCUUUAGAACCACCAUCUUCAUAUAAAAAAGAAAAGGAUAAUUUUAAUUUUUAUAGUUAUCAUAGGGAAUGAUUAUGUAAAGUUUGUUAAUGGUAUGUUUAUAAUUGAAUAAAAUAGUAGUAGUUUUAUUAUUUGACACCACAGCAGUUAUUUUAAAUAUACUUAAUUUGAAGUUGAGCAUUUCAUUUGUUUAAAACACUGAAUUAUAAUUUUUAUUGAUGAUUUUUUUAAUGCAAAGUAAAUUGUUACCUUUAAGAAAGGCCUGAACAUAUCAGUACAUCUGAACACCAUUUUAGAGAGUCAACUCUUAAGAUUUAUCAUUAAAAUACAAACAAGCAAAUGGAAGCAAACAACCAAAUUAAAAAAAAUGUUUCUUUUAAAAUAGUGUGUGCUGAUUAAGGACAAUUUAUUCUACCAUUCUAAACCUGAGAUAUGGUAAGAAAACAAAAGGAGGAAUGUUCUUUUUCUGCCGUUAUGAAUGAAAUGCAGUAAAACCUGAAGAAAGGCAGAGUUCCUGCCUGUCUGUGUUCAGAUGCAAUUCAGUGCUUAGUUUUCUUCUUGGUUCAGCCUCUUUUAACCUGAUGGGUACCAUACCCCUUUUUUUCUCCCGUGUUACAACCUUCACACAUAUCUUAUAUGAGCAUAGUGGUCUCUUUGUUAUGCUUAUGUUUUUGGAUAUGGUUUCCCUUUUUUUUGCAUUUAUGGUUUAAUAAAUGGUGAAGUAUUGUUUUGUAAACCUAUGUUAGUGCCAACUGUCCACUUCUUUGCCAUUUCAGAAUUAUUUGGUUUGAACUCUUUACCACCAUUGUCUAUAAAAUUUCCUAAAAGUCUUUUUACAGGGAAAUAGAGGUAGGGGGAAAAAGAAAGCACUGUCUUGGUUACUGAGCUCUAAAAUAGAACAGGUUUGACAGCACUUCUCAUGAUACAUUUGGGUGAUUUCUAUGUAACAAAAAAACAACAUGAAUUUAAUUUAAAGACAAAAAGAAAACUCUAAGUCCUCUUCUGUAUUUGAGAACAAAGAAGUGAAAAUCAUAGGUCAACAUAAAAUCUUGAGAACCCUUCUACUUCUCUGGGAUAGCACUGUAUUUUGUUGCAUUAGUUCAGAGUGUCAGCUGUGAUUUUUGCCUAUAUUUGUAGUUAUUGGGUUUUUAAAUAUUUGUUCCUUUGUUUUAUACUUUGAGACAUACCAAUAAAUUGAGACUAUAUGAAUUA